GACCUCUAGGGGCAGCCGGCCGUUUGUCGCCACUUCCGGGUUGUGGAGGCGCUGGAGCCUUGGACGGUGCUUUCCCCGCCGGCCUUCUUUCUCUUCAGCCAGCCGCAGGAGAAAGGGAGGCGGGAGCGGCUUGAGCGGUUCCUGGCUGCAGAGGACCCUAGCGAGAAACUUUAAAGGGAAGGGCCCCUCGGGUGGCUCACGGCGGACGGAGCAGAACAGGAAGGGACGGAGCAUGCGCAGUUCGUAGGCGUCCAACGGCCAGUGUUUUUUCUGCAGGACUUACUUAGCCUACAUGUGCUUCUGUACUUGGUGGAAGAAUGACAGAUGACAAAGAUGUACUUAGAGAUGUAUGGUUUGGACGAAUACCAACCUGUUUUACAUUAUAUCAGGAUGAGAUUACUGAAAGGGAAGCUGAACCUUACUAUCUGCUUUUACCAAGAAUAAGCUACCUGACUCUUGUAACAGACAAAGUGAGAAAGCAUUUUCAGAAGGUUAUGAAACAAGAAGACAUUGGAGAAAUAUGGUUUGAAAAUGAGGGAACACCAUUGAAAUGGCAUCACCCCAUUGGUUUGCUUUUUGAUCUUCAUGCAUCAAAUACAGCCCUUCCAUGGAACAUUACUGUACACUUUAAGAAUUUUCCUGAAAAAGAUCUUCUACAUUGUCCUUCUAAGGAUGUAAUUGAAGCUCAUUUCAUGGCUUGUAUAAAAGAAGCAGAUGCCUUGAAACAUAAGAGUCAAGUAAUCAAUGAAAUGCAAAAAAAGGAUCAUAAGCAACUUUGGAUGGGAUUACAAAAUGACAAGUUUGACCAGUUUUGGGCCAUAAACCGGAAACUCAUGGAAUACCCUCCAGAAGAAAAUGGAUUUCGCUACAUCCCAUUUAGAAUAUACCAGGCAACAAGUGAGCGGCCUUUUAUACAGAAGUUGUUUCGUCCCGUUGCUGCAGAUGGGCAGCCACAUACGCUGGGUGAUCUCCUCAAAGAUGUUUGUCCUGCUGCUAUCAAUCCAGAAGAUGGUGAAAAGAAAACUCAGGUGAUGAUUCAUGGGAUAGAGCCAAUGUUGGAGACGCCUGUACAGUGGCUAAGUGAACAUAUGAGUUAUCCUGAUAACUUUCUUCACAUCAGUAUUAUUCCACAACCUGCAGAUUGAAGUGUCAGUUUGUACAUAUUUUGGUCAGACAUAAAUUAAAACAACAAUGUGAGUUUGCUCGGUGAGGGCAACCUGACCAGAAGUCUUCACCACUGCAAGCCAAACAGGAAGAAAGAUCCUUCAUGGGAUAAGAGCAGUUGGGCUGGCCACACUUUGUUUCAGCCAUGUUUUCCCACUGCUCUCAUUAACUUCAAAUAUGACAUGAGAAACUUAGAAGGCUGCUGCCAGUCUUGUCAUCUAGUUAAAAUACGAAGCUGAGAGCAUGGACGCUGAGUGGAAGUAUGUGCCACUUUGUAUUUCUUAUUAAUCAAUAAACAGGAAUAUUUUCUAAAGUUGCAAUUACUUGUCUUUAGAGUUAAAAUACUCCUUUAUUAUAGCAAACUUGAUACACAAGUUCUGUUAAUAAUAAAUGGUUGAAACUCUUUAUAAAAUGAAAUCAUUCAGGAUUUCAUAUGCAAAUUGUAUCUUAUAUUUUAUACUAGGAAUGUAAAUUUUAAUAUAAUGAUCACAGCAACUUUUGUAUUUAACAGACUAUUUUCUAUUUCUAAAUAAAUCCCUAAACAUAAGUUUUAAUGAUGUUAAUAAAACAUCAGAAUCAUAAAUUUGGGCUCAAUGCAUAAUUCACAGUCAUUAAUUAUACUCAGAAUUGCAUAUGCCGUGUUCCAGUCAAACAGACUCUGCUCAUGGAGUGGAUUUCCCAUCCACCUGCUCUGGAAGAUUUAGGGGGACAUUAAGGAGAUGCUCCAUUUCAUCAGAGGUCUCCUUGUGAGAUGUGGGGUGGAGCCCAUACGAUGGGAUGCGUUUUAUUGGAACACGCUUUUUCCUUCUAACAACCCUGAAAUAUAUUCGCACAGGUUCAAGCAUCUAGAAUUAUUCAGUCUGAUUGCAAGAUGGAUGCUAAAGCCUUUACAUACGUUGUCCACAGUUUUUAAAGAAAUAAAGGAAGGCAAUUGGCAAUGAAGUUCAGAGGUCCAGCCACUGUUUUCCAGAAGCAUUAUUUCAGAAAUGUAUAGAUCAAGAAGACCCAUAUUUAUAGGAAUCAUUACAAAGUUAUCAGCAAUGCUUACCUUACCCAUCAUAUUAAUACACAAGAAGGAAUAAGAAAUAGUGUUUCAUAAUCUGAAUGUCAAAAAUACAAUAUUCACACAACUUGCUUGCCUGUUGCGUCCUGCCCCGUAACUAUCUUUAAAUAUUCCUUUUCUUUUACCCAGGGCCUUUAGCAGUUCCUAAUUGUGUAAAAUUUCCCUUGAACUUAAAACAGCUGAUGGUUUGUAUCAAUAUUGUUUCCCUUUACAUAUUAAACCCUAUAUGCAUUUAAGAAUAUAGUGUUUUGUUCCAAGUUUCACUUUUACAGUGCUGAUAAAAGGACUUGAUCUUGAUUCUGUAGAGAUGUGAUAUAUUAGGCAAUUGAACCCUUUCAUGAUAGACUGAUUCUCACAACUAUAACCAUUCUAAUAAUUGAAGAGAAUACAGUACGUCCUCUUUCAAUGGGGUUAGAGGCGCAAAAGUUCUGCAAAUAAAACUACUAUUUAACCCAAGAUGAUGAUGAUGAUAAUAAUACUAAUAAUAAUAAUUAUUAUUUUAUUGCUUACCCACCUCUCCUUGUGGCACAGAACACUGUUCUCGAAAUCCCUAGGCUCUCUAGUUUGACCCUAUGGGCAACUUUGGGUGAAAGUUUACCAUAGAGUCACACUAAAGAACCUGGAGAGAUCAUAUCAUUAAAAUUUGUGAAUAAUCAAAUUCUGCAAAAAUGAAACCUGCAGAUGUGGAGGGUCGACAAUAGUUAAUGGUAUGAAUAUUGUUUACUGCUUUUGUAUUAAAUACAGAAUGGCAUCCAAUGUUAUAUGAGACAUGCUUGCUUCCCCAGAGACCUGCUCUCUAGGACCCCUUUACUCUUCAGAUAGAUUUGGAGACACCCAAGAGGAAGGGCAAUCAAUUUUCUGUCCCCAUUCCAGUCCCUUGUGCCUUUCAAAGUAUGAUUCCAUGGCCAGUGCUUAUUCCCCAAACUCAAGCUGUCUUUCAUAGAAAUUGAAUUUAGAUAAGGUAAUACUAGAAAGGCAAAUAAAUACGCUACUGAGUCAAAUAAAUUCAGUAAACCAUGACUAACCAUCCCUUAUAAAUGAAACCAUAGUUUAGACUUCUAAACAUACAAUUAACAAAGUGUUGUUAUGAGCUAUUUGCUUCUUUUAUAUUUGCUCAGAACUCUUGUUUUAUAGUAACGUCUUAAGAUGACCAUGGUUUGUCUGAAACUUAACUUCAAACUGACUUCAAUCAACCUGAAAUCAACUGCAAAUUAUUUUUCUGAUUUUGUUUGCUCACUGACUGCAAAGAAUUUGUCCACAAAAUAAUGGCAGUUGCCUUUCCAUUGUAAAUAAAGGAAAUGCUGAAAAUA